ACAUGUCUAUUCCACAAGCUGACAUCUAGUGAGUAAUAGUCGAACAUGUCAGUCGAAGAAAAGUGGGCGUAAGAAUACUUUCCGAGCGACACAAAAUGCCUGUAGGCUAUUGGCUGAAAUUAUCAAGCCUUGUAAACAAACAUUCCCACUCCACACCUAAAUAGUUCAGAAAUUCAUAAAAUAGUAAAUCAGCUGUGUGUUCCGAAGGUAGUAGCUUUGUUCGCAUCCUGUGAUAAUCAAUAUGACUAAUAACGGACCACCAGAAACAAAACUCAUUGUUGAAAACUUGCUGGAGUCACCAGAUUAUGAUGGAAUAAUUUUAGUGUCAUCUCCUGAUCAAAAACUGAAGUGUUCACAGCUACAGAGUGUUAUUUCCGAUGCACUAAAAUAUGAUCCUUCUCUCAAGACCGAACUUGUAAUACUACCUAUUAGCCUGCCGGCUGCAAGACUUGUUCACUCUCCUACCGGACCAAUAGAUGUGGAUUACGAUGACGUAAGAAUUUUUAAGAGUAGUGCCUCUGAUGCUAUAAAGAGGGCACUUAAGGCGGGGAUCAAAAAACCACUUUUAGUCCUUGAAGAACACCCCCGAUUUGAACAUGCUGAAUUAGUAACUCUUUUGGGAGCUUUGGAGGCUUUAUAUGUGCCAAUUCAGGUCCGUGAACAUGAUCCUUCCAAAACCCAAAAAGUGGAAUAUCUUGGUGUCUUCACUCACAAUUCGGACAAAACGAAAAGUCUCGUAACCACUGCUAAAAUUUUAGAAACGGGAAGAAGGAUAGCAUGUGACAUUGGAGACAGCGAUCCAGAGAGAAUGGCUCCACCGAAAAUUGAACAAUACGUUCGGAGCUUGUUCUCUGGUACAAAUAUCAAAAUGAAUGUCGUGGACAAUAGAAGUGAAUUCGAGAAAGAGUAUCCCCUAUUCGAAGCAGUAGACAGAGCGGCUAGCGUACAAGAAAGACAUCGAGGAAGAAUAAUCUUUCUAGAGUAUAAUCCCACAGACACUGUUCAAAAGACUUUGUUUUUGGUAGGAAAAGGUGUAACAUACGACACUGGUGGUGCAGAUGUCAAAAUCAGCGGAAACAUGAUAGGGAUGUCUAGAGAUAAAUGUGGUGCGGCAGCAGUAGCUGGUUUCAUGCAGAUUGUCAACCUUCUGCAGCCUAAAAAUAUUCGAGUAGUUGGUGGGAUGGGAGUCGUGAGAAACAGCAUAGGAUCCAAUAGCUAUGUGGCUGAUGAAGUUAUAACUGCGAGAUCAGGAGCGAGGGUGCGGGUAGUCAACACAGAUGCUGAGGGCCGCAUGGUUAUGGCAGACAUUCUCUGUAAGUUCAAAGAAGAUGCCAUAAAUGCAAUCAAUCCACAUAUUUUCACGAUUGCAACGCUGACUGGCCACGCAGCUCGUACCGUAGGAGAAGGAUAUUCAAUUGUCAUGGAUAAUGGCCCUGCAAGGCAGAUAAACAAUGACCAAAAGUUGCAAGAAGCGUCGGAGAAGAUUGGUGAUCCCUUUGAAAUUUCAAGAAUUCGGAAGGAAGACUUUUCGAAUUAUAAAGGUGUUAUGGAGGGGGACGAUGUUACCCAAAGUUUGUCAAAACCAUCAGUUCAAAUAUCACGUGGGCACCAAGGUCCCGCAGCUUUCUUGAUCAUGGCUUCCGGUUUGGAUAAGCAUGGCUCUGAAAGUGACAAACCAUUGAAAUACAGUCAUCUGGAUAUUGCGGCCUCAAGCGGUAGUCUUCCCGCUCCUGCUACUGGAUCUCCAGUUCUAGCUUUGGCUCAAGCAUACCUUAUUUAAGCAAAAUAAUCAAACUCUUCUGUUCAAUGAUAUGAGUUUAUUUUAUUGAUUUAUUCGGAACAGUGAAUACUGUUUCUCUUAUUGAAUGACUCUUUGAAUUGUACAAAAAAUCAGUUAUCAAUAAAAACUGAAUAUAUAA